AUGGUCAACUUGAAAUCAAAUAACCCUCUUAAAAUUGGGGUAUGCAAUGGUGAGAUGGUCAUCUCCAGUAGCGAUGAUGACUCCAUCGUGCUCUAUGACUGCCAGGAGGGCAAACCAAAUAGAACCCUGUACAGUAAGAAAUAUGGUGUGGACCUCAUCAGAUACACCCAUGAAGCAAACACAGUCGUUUACAGCUCUAACAAAAUAGACGAUACUAUUCGUUACUUGUCCUUGCAUGACAAUAAAUACAUCAGAUACUUUCCUGGACACAGCAAGAGGGUGGUGGCCUUGUCCAUGUCACCUGUGGAUGACACUUUCAUUUCUGGGUCUCUUGAUAAGACCAUUCGACUCUGGGAUCUCCGUUCUCCUAACUGCCAGGGCCUCAUGUAUCUACAGGGCAAACCCAUUUGUUCCUUUGAUCCAGAAGGGUUAAGUUUUGCUGCAGGUGUCAACUCAGAAAUGGUCAAACUUUAUGACCUUCGUUCUUUUGAUAAGGGUCCAUUUGCUACCUUUAAGAUGCAGUAUGAUUGGACUUGUGAGUGGACAGGACUUAAGUUCAGCAACGAUGGCAAACUGAUACUCAUCUCCACCAACGGCAGCUUCAUCCGCCUCAUUGACGCAUUUAAGGGUGUGGUGAUGCAUACAUUUGGGGGUUAUGCUAAUAGCAAAACUGUUACACUCAAAGCUUCGUUUACUCCAGAUUCAUGGUUUAUUAUGAUUGGUUCAGAAAAUGGCAAAAUCCAUGUGUGGAAUGGGGAGAGUGGUAUAAAAGUAGCUGUACUGGAUGGGAAGUACACCAGCCCCAUCACCUGUUUGCAGUUCAACCCCAAGUUUAUGACCUUUGCCAGUGCCUGUUCCAACAUGGUCUUCUGGUUACCCACUAUUGAUGACUGAUCCUGACGCUCCUGGGCUAUUUGUACAGUGAGGGCGGCCAACAGGAAAAGGUCUGAGGUGACUGAGAUGACGGUGUUUAAUUGAUCAUUUGACUGGGCCUGGAGAACAUCUUCCCACGUGGCCUUCCCAGGGAUGUGCUGUCCAUCUUCUCUAAAGGAUUAUUUUGCUGAGCGCCUUCAGGAGGACCCUUGGUGCUGCAGCUUCAGCUGGCACCCAGCCUUCCAGCUCUCACUGCGCCAGGCUCUUCAGAGUGUGACUAAACUUACGAUCAGGACACAGUGGGGCACCUGAACCCCUUCAGUUGUGAAUGUACUUGCUGCUGAGGAGCCAGUGAAGUCACCACUUCCUGCACAUCCUUCUCACCCCAGAAAUGCAUGGGAAGCCGUGGUUCUGGUUUUGAGAUGUUAGGGCAGCUCAGCACCCCUUGCCCUCACCCUGCAUGUCUUGUUACUGGGUCUCCCUGUGUAAUUAAUUGUGGCAUUAUUCCACAACCAUCAUGUUUCUUAGGUGCCAAACAUUUACAAAAAUAAGUCUUCAUAUACCUCGGGGUCAAAGAAAGGACAAGUACAGAGGACCGUGUCUGUCAGGAGGCUAGUCAGUAUUCCUGCACAGGUGGGUGGGGCAGACCUUGGGCUUAGAUGCUGGGUGACAAAGGCCCAAGAGUCUGACAGGGAGGGAGGGGUAGCAGGUAAAUUCUGAGAGCUGAAAGGUUUAGCAGCCUGGUGCACUUCCCCCAUCAAGACAAUCCCACAGUCUCUCUUGUGGGGGAUCCUACCGAGCUUGGCUUGUACAAAAGCAAGGUAGUAGUUUAUUUUUGUACCUGAGUCACAUCACGUUUUCCUGUGGGCCAGUAUUGUGGAAUGAGUCUGAGUUGUUUACACUGAUGCCUUCCUUCCCUGCCCACCACAAAUCGUGUACAUAGUCAGCAGAUGAAACCCCUCUUCUCCAGCUCCUACCCGAG